GGUGCUACGGCACAGCUGCCACUUCGGUAACCAAACAAAAGGAGAACGUAUCCAAGUCCUGUACAAGGAAGGCUACACGAGCUAUGCUUUGUCCCCAACCUAAAUUAAUAGUUUGCUGGCGUGUGUAAGAUUAUUCGCCGUUAGAGUUCAUUCGGUGAGGACAUGUGUUUUAAGCUAAGAAAUCGUACAAUUUGUUAUGGAUUUGGAAAACAAACUAUAAAUCAUAACUGAAUCAUGUCAGAAUAACUAGUAGCCAGGAGCCUAGCUGUUUAUUUAUGCUUUUACUGAAAUUACUUUACCACUACUUAGGACUACUGACCAUAACUAUAAUGAAUUGACUUACAUUAUUGAGUCCGUGCGUUUAAAUUUCUUCCCACUUUGCCUGUAAAGGUUAUUAUGCCUAUAGUUAUAGGCUAUCUAAGAUCUAUAUAAUUUAUAUUAUUAUUAAUAUAUGGCCAAUUUAUCAUCAGAUUCAGAUCAAUGUGUUGUCUGCUUAUAAAUUAUAAUUAUAAAUAUUAUAUAGUAUAGACAUAGUAUAAUGUAUAGGAAUUUGGCCUACUUAAAAGACUUAAAAAGUUAAUUUUUAUGAGCCUUCAUAUGAAAUGAUUUGCUUUUGUUAAUUUUAGUUAUUACAAUUUACUUUAAAAUUCAAUUUGGGCGAAUCCCCUGCCCCUUGUUUUAAACUGGAUGAUUGAUAUCCUCAAAUUAUAAUCUAAUUGACCAAUCAAUGUUACUAUGUGUUCAUUGAGUACUUUUCAAAUUAGGAGAUAGCAUGAAACCCUAAAUAUAUUUUUCUUUAAUGUAGACAUUGCAGUUUGGGUAAAAUUUCUUAUCUCAGGAUAUAGACAUGUAUAAGUUGUAUAGUUUUUAUUGUAAUAAUUUUUUUCUUAUUUCAGUGUUAUCAUAAACAAUGAACUAUCCAUUGGCACUACAUGUAGGACUUGAAGACAAUGUUCGAUUUGAAUCCACUGACCAUGGAAAAUCUGUACUUGCCGGACUACAACAUCUUAGGGAAAUGCAACAACUUUUUGAUGUUAUACUUGUCGCAGAUAGCAGGGAAUUUCCUGCUCAUAGAGUAGUUUUAGCAUCAUGUAGUGACUAUUUCAGGUCAGUGAAUUUUUAAAAACGUUUUAAUGUUAUUUAUUUGUGGUAACUGCCAUUUUUAGCCUUUCAACAACAAUCUUUUUCACGUACGUUUAUAAUUAAGCAAUUAACUCUUUUGAAUUAUUAAUUGAAUCUGUUCUCCUUUUACUGUGAUAAUGUGUGUAUAUAUAUAUAUAAAUGAUAAAAUGUAUAUACAUGUGUGUGUGUGUGUCUCAUGUAUGUGUAAUCAUAAAGUGGUCAUUAUUUGGUUUUUAACUGUUCAAUAGGGCAAUGUUCACUGAUGGCUUGCGGGAAUGUACAGAGUCACGUGUCAGCCUCAAUGGUCUAACUGCUUCCAGUAUUGCACACUUGAUUGAUUUUGCCUAUAAUUCUACCAUAAACAUAGAUUCUGGUAAGUUUUGGUCAUGAUAAUAUUGAUAAUGAGCAUUUUUGAUUAUGCAUUUUUAUAAAAACUGCUAAUAUAAUAAUUACAAUGCAAAACAUACAUACAGUGCAAUCACUGUAUUCUGUUUAUGUUGAUCUCUGCAGAUCGUGAUAUAAAUUUUAUAAUUUCUGAUAACAUGGUUAACUUUUAUCCUAAAAUAUAAAAUGACUUAAUUUAUUGACUUCCGUUAUAAUUAUUUUGUUAAUUUUAAAUGGGAUAUAUUAUUUACAAAAUAUGAAUAAUUAUUUAUAAUUAUUCCCCAAACAGACAAUGUUCUUGAUGUGCUUUCUGGUGCCACACAUGUCCAGAUUCUUCCUGUUAUCUCUGCUUGUGAGAAUUACCUGAAAGAUCACCUGACCAUUGAAAAUUGUGUCAACACUGCUAAAGUUGCAGAGCUGUUUUCACUGCGGCACCUGCAACAACAUGUAAUGAAUUUUGUGUGUCGCAACUGGGCCACAUUCUCGAUGUGUGGAGAUUUUCACCAUUUAAUGCCCCAGUUCCUGGUAUCUGUGCUGUCAUCGGGCUAUCCAGUCAACUGUAAGGAAAUUGAUGUCUUCCUGUCAGUUCUCAGCUGGUUUUCAUAUUUCCCCACAGAGCGCACCAACUAUAUUGUUGAUGUGCUACAAUGUAUAAUGUUAGAAAACAUUUCUGCUAGUGAGUUUGAAAGUAUCCUUUGCAGCAAGGAGUGGAUAGAAUUAACUGAUGGCUGUCCGAAGCUGUUUGAACACUUCCCAGCUUUAGCUAACCUGUGCAAUGACAAUACGCCAAGCCUUUCUGUUGAAGACACCAUCAUCAGUGUCACAAACUACAGCCCUAACAUCAGAUCGAAUCUUUCUGUUACCAGAAUUGAAUUGCGACAGCCUCUGUGCAAACCAUUCAAAAGGCACAAAAUUCCAGGUCUGAUUAAUUCUAGGGGCUUUCACUCUACCAUUAUCGUGGCCGGUGGCUUUCGUAAGGAAUCUGGUAUGACCAAUAAUGUUUUAUAUUUAGACAGCUGCUCUACAUCCCUUCGGCACCUAACCAAGAUACCCCAUCUGGACCAGAUCAACUUUGGGAUGGCCGUUUUUCAGAACCAACUUUACAUUGUUGGGGGCUGUUUCAAUGACCAUAUGCAAGAAAUAGCCCAUCCUUUUGGUUUUCAGUACACACCAACUACAGAUGAGUGGAUUAGCAUUGCACCAAUGCACCAAGAGCGAUGUCGGUUCUUGCUCUGUGCCACAGAGGAUAGAAUCUAUGCUAUUGGAGGAGAUCCAUUCGCAUCUGAUGUGGGCCCCGAAGAUGUUGCCCCGUGUGAAGUCUAUAACCCAAAAACAAACAAAUGGAGGUACAUCAGUUCUCUACCCGGCAACCGCUCUCAACUGGCUGGCACCAGCUUGGGGAAACAUGUGCUUGUCUCCGGGGGAAUUCAAGAAAAUGAGGAGAAGGUAUUCCAAGAUUUUUAUCAGUAUGAUCCGCGUACUGAUAGGUGGAGCAGGAAAGCAGAUCUCUUAACAGCCAGGGCAGAUCACUCCAUGUUUGUGUGGGAGGAGAAAGUCUACGUCAUAGGAGGCUGGCACCUGGACUCUCAGACCAAUCAGAGGAUCAUGGCCACAAGUAUUGACUCUUAUGAUUUCAGCACAGACUCCUGGGAGGUGAUCGGCUCCUUGAACAGGGUGCGUACAUAUGGAACAUACACGUUAGAUAAAGACUCUAUUUACGCUAUUGGUGGCUGGUGUGGAGGAGACCAUUCGCAAAAAUGUCGAACCAUCGACACUUUUAAUCUACCAUUUCAGACAUGGGCACAAGGACGGGAGCAGAAUAUUGCUCUCUGGGAACAUGGUUCAUGUUCCUUGUACUUGCCAAAAUUUGUCCCGACAUCCAGUUAAUGUCAGUCAUACAAGUUGGACUAUUUGGGGGUUAUUUAAAUUAAUUUAAUAUUUAUGGGCGUUUAUAAAUGCAAGGACUUUUUUUUUUAUCAAUGCCA